AUGUCUAAGAAAAGCACUGGAAUCGCCAGUGGUACUGCUGGAGACUUUGCGAUACUGCCACUGACGAUACUGCCUCAUCCCGCAUUUCCAAAGUCCGCAACACAUUACCUCUACGUCCGCCCAAAUGCGCCUCGAAACCCCACCCCGGAAGAGGAGCAACUCCAGAAACGGCAGCUUUUCUUGGCCAAUAUACCAAUAGAUUCUGGCCUAACGUCGAUCAGGACCCUUUUCAAGACACUGGUAGGAGAGGCGGGACGGGUCGCGGAUGUCUCGUUCGGAAAUGAUAGAAAGAUGGUGCGGGAAAGUGAAAUGGCAGAUGAUAAUGGCGAGGCUGUAAGAGGGGGGACAAAGGUCAAAAGAAGUAUUGCUGAGCUCAAAGUAAUGCUGGAACAGGACGCGGAUUUGCCACAAGUAUGGGACACGCAAGUCCACACCAGUGGAAGCUCGGCUGUAGUACUCUUUGUGGACUCAAAAAGUGCGGAUAUAGCUAUGAAAGCCAUUAAGAAAAGAGCCAAGAAAGGGGAAGAGAUUUUAUGGCAAGGCGAAGAUCUAUCAAAGCGCUACAAAGCACACCAUGCACUGAAAUUCCCGAAUCCCGAUGUUCUGACUGCGCACAUUAACUCUUACCUCACUACAUUCAACACUCUGCAAACCUUAAAGGAGAGAAAUAUGCGGAAGCUCAGUGCGCCUGAUGAGGAUGGUUUCAUAACAGUGACUCGGCAAGGCUCACGUGCUGCACCUGUAAGCCUUGCGGCUGCAGAAGCAGCCAAAGCCAGAGAGGAUGAGCGCAAGAAGAAGGCUGCGGAGGAACUGACGAACUUCUACCGCUUCCAAGGUCGCGAGAAGAGGAAGGCGAGAGAAAUGGAGCUGAAGAGGAAGUUCGAAGAAGAUAGAAAAAAGGUGGAGGGCAUGAGGCAAAAAAGAAUGAAGACAUCUUGA